CCAUACUUUCACUGCAUUCCUCUCAUUGAUCUUCGCUGGAUGAGACGAGGUAUGACCUAACAGUAGCUAGGUUUGAGGAACGUUGCAAGGUGUCUUUUCUUUCAUUUCACUCAUGGUAGAGCCAGGCCUCCCCAACAGAUCGGGCAUACGUCAGAGCUGGAAAGGAAAGGCGGCCCGGCUUGGUAGAUUAGCGACCGUGCUUGGCUACCUACUUCAGCCUUGCGCGUAUGCACGGUGGUACAUCGAGAUCGGCGUGAACCUCCCAGUGGGAGGGAGAGUUUGCUACUCAAGUAGGAGCAAACGUCCGGAAAGCGUUGGAUUUGAUGAAGUGCCCUGGGAAAGUGGGGGGCUUCGUCCUCAACCUUGCGGGCAGCGUGAAGGGAGCGUGGGGGGAAAAUGAGGGAAAUUAGUGUCCCAGCCAAGGGAGCGCUCGGACUG